AUGGAGGUAGAAGAUGCACUGUUGUUAGGGCCAGAGUUGGUGAGAGAGACCACAGAGAAGGUGAACAUUAUUCAGGAAUGUAUUAAGACUGCACAGAGUCAUCAGAAGAGUUAUGCUAAUAGAAAAUGUAAGGGGGUUGAGUUGAAUGUUGGAGAUUUUGUGUUUUUGAAGGUCUUGCCAAUGAAGGGUAUCAUGCGGUUCGGAAAGAAGAGCAAGUUGGCACCUAGAUUAGUGGGACCAUAUGAGAUCAUUGAGAGGAUUGGUAAUGUGGCUUACAAACUUGCUCUACCACCUGCUUUAGCUAAGAUUCACAACGUGUUCCACGUAUCUUUAUUGCGGAAGUGUGUGCAAGACCCUUCCCAAAUAGUAUCACUAGAAGUGUUGGAGAAUAGUGACGAUCUAACGUAUGUGGUGCGAUCAGUUACUAUUCUAGACCAGGAUGUAAAACAGUUGCGGUGUAAGAAAGUGAACUUGGUGAAAGUGCAAUGGAGCGAGAAUGAGAACGAUAUCACUUGGGAAUUAGAAGAGAAAAUGUCUGGGCGCGCUAGAGCAUGGGGUAGGCCCCAACGAGGUGGCCGGAACAUCCCAGCUCAACUUGAGAUUCCUCCGCAAUAG